GAGUCCGGGGGCAGGGGCUCAGAAGCGGGAGGCCGGGUUGGUUGCAGCACUGGUGGGACGCAAGGAGCGGCGGGGGGGGGUACCCACCCCAAGCCACCGCACCCCAUCUCAUACACCCUGCGUCCUCCCCGGCGGCAAUGUCUAACGUGCACCUUUCUGGCGCCGCCGCCCUGGAACGCCUUUCAGCCCGGCGAGCCCUGGCCGGGCACGGCCGCAGCCCCGUCUGCAGGAGCCUUUUCGGGCCGGUGGACCACGAGGAGCUGGGCCGGGAGCUGCGGAACCGCCUGCGGGAGAUGGGGGAGGACGACCAGCGCCGUUGGGACUACAACUUCCACACCGACACGCCGCUGCCUGGCCCCGGCCGCCUGCGCUGGGAGGAGGUGGAGGGCGGCGCCGUGCCCGCUUUCUACCGGGAGACGCUGCAGGUGGGGCGGUGCCGCAUCCCCCUUCGCCGGGCGCCCCCCUCCCCGCCGCCGCCCCCCCCUGCUGCCGCCGCCAAGGGGCCCGGGGGGCGCCUGAGCCGGGAGAACCGCGCCGCGCCCCGCCGCCGCGGCAUGCGGCUCCGCCGGAGGGUCCCGACGGCCCGCAUCACAGAUUUCUUCGCGAGGAGGAAAAGGCCGGCGGAGCCCAAGGUGGCAGCGGAGCUCCCUGCCGGCUGCCCACCUUCCCCCACCGCCGUGCCGGCUGAGCAGACCCCCCGCAAGCGGCUCCGGUGAGCCAGACUUUUGCACUACGGCACCCACUCGAAAGGCGCGUCGCCCUCGGAGGCGCGGAGUCGCAGGGUUCAGGGCGGGUGGCGCGGCGAGCCGGGACCCCCCGCGCCCUCCCGGACCGGGACCAGGAGCCGGAGAGGAGCUGGAGCGCCUGCCCGCCAGCCGCGGCCGCGAACGGAGCAGUGUUAACGUACAACUGUGCAAUGUAUUACGUUUUAUAUAAAAAUGUAUUAUGCCUAAUGUGAGUACACUGGCCAGAAGUGUAAAGCUUUAAAAGUCAUUUAUGUAAAAUGUUUAAUCUCUGCUGAUCUCUCAGUGCAUAAAAAAAAGGAAAAGGUAAAAACGAAAAAUGAAAAAAGCAAGUGUAUAUUUGUACAAAACUUUUUUUAAGAGUUAUACUAACUUAUAUUUUCUAUUUAUGUCAGAAAUGUGGAUAACUUUGACAUCCAAUAGUGUUUGGUUUUGGUUUUUUUUGGUUAAGCCAAAGGGCACUAUAUUUGCUUUUGUUAUUUACAAAUGUAAAUUUAUUUUUAUAGUGGGAUUUUUUUUUUCUUGCAUUCACAAGAUGUAGCUAUGAAUCAAAAUAUUUUUUAGAUUUUACUUGAAGACAAAUCUGUUUCAAUGGUUUCUGAGCCGGUCUGUACCACUGCCAUUGCAAAUAAUGCCACAACUUCAAUUAAUAAUAAUAAAAGCCAGGAAACCCCUGCAA